UACUGUUGAUCGUAGUCUUGUCGUGUAUCUCGAGCAGUUCGAAUCGUUUCGAAAAAGAAAGCGGUUAAAUAAUCAAAGACGAGAGAAAAAAAAAGCGUAUAACCAACCGACCAACAAGAGAAUAAAACCGAACACGAAGAAAACAAAAUUCAAAUCUUCUGUUCUUGUGUGUAUUGAAGAAAAAGACGGUUAGCUCUUUUGAGUGAGUGAGUGGUGUUAAGUUAAAAAACGAUAAAACCGAGUAAAAUAUAGAAAAAAAACUAAAAAUGGAAAGUAUACCGGGAGUGAAACAAUUGGUGUACCUGUGUUUGUUUGCCAUUUUGUCAACAGAUCUCUUAUUAGUUCAUGGCCAAUCGGUUGAAGUGUAUCCGAAAAAUGUAACGGCGGCCGAAGGACAAAAUGCCACGCUGUUGUGUCGAACCAGCAGCCCUCUGCAGUACUGUCGAUUCGAAAUACCGGGCGAGAGCGCAAUCCGACUGUCCGACAAAUAUGAAUCCAAAUUUCCCGGCUUCAAAUACUUUGGCGAUGGUUUGGAACAGGGUGUCUGCGGUGUGGCCAUUCAAAAUGUGAAAACUAUAAACAAUGGACCAGUCAAGUGCAUCUUGGGUUUGGAUCAGAUUGAUAUUGAGGGGUUAAUCGAUUUGGUUGUUGCAUUGCCACCAAAACGACCAGAAAUCAAGAUAAACACCGAAUUGCAUCGAAGCUCUUUCGAAAUUGAUCAAGAUUUCCAAGCCACAUGCAUCUCGCGCGACGGCCGACCACCUGCAACACUUCAAUGGUUCCUCGAUAACGAGCCGAUUGUCGAAAGUAUUUCAGCACCACGCAUCGUUCAAGAUUCGUUAAUUGGCCGUAACACCACCUUAUACACGGUUAGCAUUCAACUCAAUCGUCGCCUGCGUGCCAGUGAUGAUCGCAAAUUUUUAAUUUGCCGCUCAACCCAUCCAGCUGAUCAGCCACAAGAAGAUCGAUUCCAGCUUAGUGUCCGAUACCGACCACAACCACUGCAAGAGAACCGUGUAUACGGUUUGCCUUUGGGCGCAACAGCACUAGUCAACGUUACAAUUACGGCCAAUCCACGUCCCCGCAUCGAAUGGUCCAUUGAUGGUUUGCCAAUUGCACAGGGCCAACAAAAUAGCCGCUUUGAAGCGUAUCAACCCAUCGAUUUGGGCAACGGUACUUACAAUGUUACACUCGCCAUUGCCGGUCUCACCGUCGAAGACACAACAAAAACCUACUACUUACGAGCAUCAAACGAAUUCGGCUCAUCCGAUUACUCGGUGUACAUUAGCUCAUCGCCGCACGUGGCUGAAACUGGCAUCGAUAUCGGAUCAAUUAUUGGCAUCAUCGUUGGCGUUGCUAUUCUAUUAGUCAUUGUGUCAGUGAUUGUAUUCGCCCGUGCCACUGGCAAAUGGUGCUUUUCCGGUGCCUCAGUAAAUACUGACAUUGGACCCGAUUCAGAAGCACAAAUUGCACCACACCACGACGAUUAUGAAGAUAAAGAAUACGAUCAUGAAACGGACGAACGGCAUGCGGAAACUCAGCAUACGGAAAAAAAUGAAAAAACACAACAACAACAAGCACAACAGCAGCCACAACAGCGAAAUGGCAACGAACAAAAGACCAACACACCCGUUUAACUUUAGCGUCACCUCAUCAAGACACAUUCGAUAAAAACAAAACGAAAAAAAAACACAAAAAUCAAUUAAAUAUGAAACAAAUCAAGCUCACUAGUUUAACGAAUGAUAAUAAAAACAACUAAAUACAUCAACAACUAAAAAACCGGCAGAUAAGACACACACUAAACAAAAGUAAAGAGAUGGACAGAUAAAGGAACCAUCAUAAUUUGAAAGUAAAACUCGAAAAAACGACAGCGAAACUGUUGUUGUUUUUUCGUCGAUAAACGCUAACGAGAGAGUUUUUUCGAGAAUUGAACUGAGCGGAACAAUGAAAAUGCGUCAGCAUUUAUCUAUAGACUAUGUAAAUGACGCGUCGUGAUAAAGAUUUCAUGAAAUGCGUUGUUGCUGUUGUCGUCCAGUGUGUUUAAAGAAAACAAAGUGAGAGAUUGAAAUGUCGUGUCACUUUUACUGCCAAUAGAUAGUGUAUUGUCGUAGUGAUUUCUUUAUAAUAAUAUUCAACAAACUACUUGAUUGUUGCGCACACGGGAGCGCCACCGAUGAAAUCUUGAUUCGAUCGGCGACACUUCUGUUUAGAUCAACGAUUAUUUUUUCUGCUCUCCUUUCCACUCUCGUUUUAUGGAAAUCAACCCGAAGCAUCGCACACAUUUCUCAAUGGCACAGAUUUAAAAAAAGCAGUAAACAAAGAGCCGAGUGCAAAAUGUCGCCGUGACUAAUAAUAAAAUAUCAUUAAGAAUUCGCAUUGUGUGCGCAAAAACAGCUAUUUUCUUCUUUCGCUGGCUUUUGUUCGUUGCUUGACUACGUACAUUCCGCGUGUGUGUCAUCUUUUUAGUUGUUGCUUUUAGCCGAAAAGUAUAAACUAUAGAAAUAUUUUGUCUUGUGUAUGUUCUCAUAAAUAAAUCGCGUACUAAUAAUAGAAGUUGAAGAAAAAACUAUACAAAAACGGAACUCUUUGAAAAAGAUAUCGUUAGCCCAAUUUUUCCUUUCUCGCAUUUUAUAAUUUUUACCAUUAGAAACGAAUUUUAAGACUAAAACCAACAAACACGAACCGUGUCUCACGCACACACGUGACACACACCAACAAAAGUAGCUGGAAUAACCCGCUCUCGUAUGGUUUUGUGUUCGACAUUCGAAAACAGCCUGCGGACCUAUGGUCGCGACAGCUUUAAGAAAAAUCAUUUUAAAAAAAUUCCAGUUAGAAAUUUAAGUCAAGCAAAAUUUUUAAAACAAAAAUUCAUACUUGUUUGCGGAUUGAAGAAAAAAAAAUUUUUAUUUCAAAGAGAGAUUCCGUCCUACGUUAAAUUCAAGUCUUUCUGUCUUUCUACCGAAACUCAUGCCUUCCCCGAAUGAAAAUAAAUCGCGUCUAAUCGCACCCGAACAUUCACUUUUUACCGCUUAGCACAAUCACACGCUUACACUCUCACACACACACACAUGUACUUCCUUUCCGAUUUACUUUUGCAAACAAUUUGUAUAAGCCAAAACCAAACCAUUUUCUAUUUUCGGAGAAAAAGAAUUAAGCCCAUUUUAACAGCAGAUAAAAAUCAAAGCAAUAAAACUGAAUCACACACACACAAAGCGCUACAAAUAUUAUAAUCGUAUUUUUGAAUCACUUUCCCGCCUUUAAUAACCUCUAUCUCUGUGUAAAGUUCCGAGAGAGGAAGACAAGAAGAGAAGAAAAAAAAACAGAAAUCUUCUUUAAUAUAUUUAAUUAGUGUUAAACGGAAAGCAACGGUAUGAGCUAAAUAUCAAGUUUUGUAUUUUAAAACCAUUGCCAUUAAUAAAUAAUAACGCGCAAGCAAAACAAAACAAAAAUGAAGAAAAACAAAAAGAAGAAGGAGUAAAAAAUCGAGAAAAAAUUAAUGAUUUUACAUACGAAACAUAUAAUAUGUGGAAUGGAUUUGAAAAUAAGCGCAGUAGAGUCGGUUAGUUGUGUAGCAUUUAGACUUAGUAAUUUAAAACGACGAGCAACAGAGAAAAAAAGAGAAAGAGACAGAGAGAAUAAACAAAAUAACGAUAAAAAUGAAACAAAUUGCAGACAGAAAAAAAAGUAAAUGGAAAAUGAAACCAACUUAUAUGUAUUUUACAUUUAAACAUUAAACGAUUUUAAUUUCUUAACCGUAAGAGACAUAAUUUAUAAAUUAUAAUAAAUGAAAAAAAAAUUGAAAUAAUAAUAAUGAACAAAAAAAAAAACAACAACCUGCAUCAAAUCCCGCAAAACGAAAAUGAGAAAAAGAGAACGAGAAAAAAAACAUGAAAACAGAAAAAUUGUGUAAGCCAAAACCAAAACAGUUUUAGUCCGGUUCAUUUUGUCCCAAUGUUCACACUCGUUUUUUUUUUCUUCUUAAAUCACAAAAUUGAAAUGUGGCAAUCGCCAAUUUUAAAUCCGCCGUAAAUAAUUUGUGUUUACCGUAACCGAAGUGGAAAAUGAAACAAAUCACCAUCAUCAAAAGACAUUUUUACUAGAUUAGAUACGAAUCUCCAAUCCAAUCUCUAUUUUUGUACAUGCCGUAGAUAGAAAACCAUCUCUGUGUCAAAUCUUUUUUGAGGAAAAAAAAUUGUUCAAUAAAAACCAACAAAGUUUUUUUUACAACAAAAACCAAAUCGAUGUUGAAUUUUCUUGUCGUGAAUGAAAAACAGAACCAAUGAAGUGAGCGAGUCGAACACAUGAUGACUGUAAAUAAUUGAAACAGGUCGAUUAUUCGCAACGAUGCAUAAAACGAAUGUCAAUUGAUAAAAUUGUUCUUGUUUAGAUGCACACAAUGCAUGAAGCGCCCACAAAAGCACGCGACAUCACACACACACACACACACACCGAAUGCUUUCAAGAUCAGUGUCACCUUCAGACUUCCGAGACCGCACCGAAAUUCUAUUCAAUUUGCCCGACAGAGGAAAAAAAAAGUGUUUUGUGUAAAUAGCCUUCAGUCAAAUGUUUUCAAUUUUCGCGCGCACCGAAACAAUGAAGCGGUAAUUAUAUCUCAUUGUAAAGACAAAUACCAUUUUGUGCAAACAUUUACUUGUGAUGAAUCCAAUUUUGGCGUUGAAGAGGUAAGACGUAGUCUCUAUGUUUUGUGUACAUACAACGGCGUAUUGUGCAAGUUGAAAUUGAAUUUGAAAAGACAUAGUGCAAAAAAAAGUGUAGACUCACGAGCCGUUUUUUUCCCUUCGUCUCUUCACUUCAUCAUUUCAAUUAGAUAUAGUGAACCAAUAAAAUGCACGAACCCAAAAAUUAAUGCACAAUUCACGUUUUUCCAAUCAACAAUUGAAAGAGAGAGAAGGAGAGAGAGAGAGAGAGAGAGAGAGAGAGAGAGAGAGAGAGA